AUAACAUAUAUCCCUAUCAGCAGUUGACAAUAUUGCAACAGCAGCAGCACAUAGGGGGCGCUCACGCACACAUGCGGAGAGAAGCCAUCAACACGCCGCCUUCCCCCACGUCCCCGACAGAGCAGCUGAAGCAGCUGCAGUUGCAACGACCGCCCAAGAAGGCGCGCAAGCCACGCACGGAGAAUGGAGCGCCGAUGAAACGCAAAAGCAGAGAGAGUUCCACAACGUACCUGUGGGAGUUCCUACUUAAGCUACUACAGGACAAGGACACGUGCCCGAGGUACAUCAAGUGGACCAGUAAGGAGAAGGGCAUUUUCAAGCUCGUUGACUCCAAAGCCGUCUCGAAGCUGUGGGGCCAGCACAAGAAUAAGCCCGAUAUGAACUAUGAAACGAUGGGCAGAGCUCUUCGGUACUAUUACCAAAGAGGCAUUUUGGCCAAGGUGGAUGGUCAGAGACUCGUCUACCAGUUUGUAGAUCUGCCCAAAGAUGUUGUUGAUCCCACGGCUGACAACGCCACGCCUGCUUCAUAGCUGUAUCGUGAUUCUCUUUCGUCAUGGCAACGCAUCAUCAACGCAUCUAGCGACUACAUCCACUGACAUUCAUCGUGGGACGAUGUUCGUUUAUAGUAUAUAUCUCCGUGGAAAUCUACGAUUUCUCAUAAUCAAUUAUGAUACGGUACUUCUACAUCAAUCCUGCCGUCGUGAAUGUCAUUGCAAAUGACUUGUGACGUGAGGGGGUUGUUUGAAUUUAAUUCGGUUGGAACUCGUUUCCUUUUUGUCGGGAAAAUGAAAUUUCGACAGACUGUUCCUGUAAUGUGGAGGGUGUCCGUGACAACCAAGUUUCAUAUACAUGGACCAUAACUGUUUAUUCUGCCUUGUUACUGAACAGGAAUAUUAGUAGAAACAACCCAUACUGGCAUUGGAUAGCGGCUUACGAUUUAACACAGAUAGAGAGGUCGCGUAGAGUAUAUAAACUACUUACAGUACAACUUACAGUAGCACCUAUCAAAUGCCAGGCUAGGUUGCUUUAGCUUCCGUGUUCAUCCAUAUUUGUAUAUAUUGUAAGAACCAAGUCGAAUUAUUAUAAUAAUCGAGUAAUCUCUUGUUAAUUGUUAUUGUUGUUAUCGAUGGACAAUGGACCAUUUUGUACAAAAAAAUAUCGUUUAUCUAUGCGGUAGUACGUGCUGGUGGUAUUUCGUGGGGAGUCUUAGUUAUGGCUUCAGUUUGCGAUAUUUCGGGCUUUAGCGAGCUGCAUGGACGCUGUAGCUGGUUUAACAUUCCCGUCGGCCAUAAGCUGGCGGAGACAGUGCGUAGGACGUUCUUCGUUGUGCGCUCUGCGAACGCACACUUUGGUCUAUCUAUCGUAUGUUAAUCGCACUGCUCCUGAUCCUGAUCGCCUGCCAUAGACGUCAGCUAGUAACAACCCUAACAACCAACGUCGAGCACGAUUGAUUUCACCUGCAACGAAAAACGAUCCCCAUAUCGAAGAUAUAAUAUGACGAGAACAACGCCAACAAUAUGGCCGCCACCUCGCGACCGUGAUCAGGAUCAGCUUGGGGCAAAUGUGUGCAAGUUGCGUAAGCAGGCACGGGUUUGUCUGACACGCGCUUAGACGCGUUGCCGCCGCCGCCAUAUCCUUUCUUCUUCUUCUGCCUCGCGGGCUUUGCUUCAAAAAUGUGUAGGCUCCGCUUGGCUAAAGAAGAGUCUGGUGUAUCUUUCUACGCUGGGGGACUGUCUAUGUUGUUUUAGGCUCAACCACGCGAAUUAUAACGUGAGGGGUAUUCGUACGUGACUGUGCGUGGGGUUUGAGCUGAUCGCGGAUUCUGUUCGCCCCCCCCCCCAUUACAAAUUUCGAGGUGCUUUCGAGUUGGUUCUGCUAGAAGUGAUUAGAUGCUAUUUGUGCUGCAAUAACAGGGAGAAUCAGCUCUCAUAUGGACACUAACAUACGGCGCUAUUACUAAUGCUACUGUCUCACAUCAUAACGGUGCCCGUCUAUAUCGGCUGUGCUGUGGCACGUUUUUUUCAUUCCAAAAUGCGCCCUCUGGUGGCAGAAUGGCAGAAAAACAAAAGGGUCGCUGCUCAGCUGCUGAGUAGGUGGGGGGGUCAAAUGUCAUGUCAUCGCACUCAUUGAAGCAUGUAAAAUAUAUUUUUAUAUAAGGAGGUUAUGGACCACGAGAGAUUUUUACAAUGCAGUAAAACUUUUGUAGUGCUGAGGUAUACUUUAAUAUACGAUAUAUAAUGUAUUUUUAAUAAACAGGAGAUGGUUUAUAUUUCCCUCCAUAUAUAGAUAUUAUAAGAGAUCGGUUGGAACGAUUAGCAAGGGACAUCUUUAGCCCUAGUUCAUUCAUCAUGAUGGUUAGGUGGCCAGAUCGUAUAUUUAGUUUGUAACAUUUCAAAGCGCAUUCUCAUUAUUAUUGUAUCAAGAGCGUAUUAAGAAGCCUUCUUUAUACGCUCUUGAUUGUAUGGACUGCCAUGUAUUUAAUAUAACCGAUCAUUUAUUCUUACUGCAACACCCUUCCGGCUCUAGCAGUAGCAGUUUUAUAGAAAAGCAAUAUAUAGAUGUAAUACGAUCCCUUUACGAACAAAACCGCCGAAUUACGGGCAACACCCCGACGAAAUAAAUUACUGAUCAGAUGCUAGUACAAUAUUAGAAAGUGCGAAUUGGCAGUACAGUAUCGGGAUGCUAGAAUUCAUUGGACAUUAGAAACGACUAGUGGUUUCCCGCAUAACCAUGGUAACAAUGCUCUCCACGUUGUGUUAAAUUGCACGUCCAUACCUUUGUGUGCUAAUCACUCUGCCAUACUUGUAAAUUCAUCUGUCAUAUGUUCAUCUGGUAAAUGACAUUGUCCAUCCACUAAGCUAGGUUUUGCGUACAUGUAGCUACAUCUCUCGCUCCAUUUUUUUUUGCUAAUGAAACCGUGUAUGAAUGCUAUCAUUGUGCAUGUUUUUGUUUGUACGGCUAAAUUUACAUUUGAAAUUAAUUCGAAGUUCUGGCUCUGGCAACACUGCUAUACUGUCGUCUUUCUAUAGUGCACGAUGUAAAACAUCUACAUCUUGUAAUACUGACGAUAACAUAAUAUGCCGAUACAUGCGUAGGUUCUGAGAUAUUUUGUCUAGGUAAUCGAAUGUACGACUAUUGAUUAACAUUCAUUUCAUACACAGACUGUCGGCAUAUAUCUAUAUUUUAUAUUAGCAUUAGACAAGUUACCAGAGCCGAUGUGAAAAAAAGAUUCGUACGAGGACAGUAUAUUUUUUAGUAUACUGCAGCUAAAUAACGUACAGUGUGCACUAAGCGUCGCCAGUGGCUAUGAAAUGUACUCUGUAUGGAGGCCUUUGCUGCAAUAAAGUCUAUUUAUUUCAAUA